GGGGGGACUGACUGUGGGAGGACAGAAAGAAGGAGGUGAUUGUUGUUGGGGAGAAGGAAAACAUAUAAAAGAGGCAGAGAGCAAGAGCAGGGAGCAAGUGGAGGGACGACGAGGUUGAAAGGAGCUCCUGACGUGUUCUGACAGAGUGGAAACUUUUUUUUUGCAAGCAACAGACAGGAUGACAGCUGCCAUCAGGGACCUUCCUUUUCCCCUGCUGCUUCUCUGCCUGUAUUUGAUGAGCAGCUGCUCUCCGCUGCCAACACCAUCACGAGUCCCAGGGACGAAACCUCAGAUUCUGAGGCCACGUGGGUCUUUGCCUGGGGACCUCUUUUCAUCCACGGAAGACUACGAUCAACCCGAGGACACAGUCACGCCUUUUUCAAACGCCACAGUGUCUCCACAUGGAAGGACUCUUCAGCGGUGUGACUACAAUCGGUGCCUCGAGGGUCAGAGGUCGUGCGCCUCGUUAGCGGCCUCCACCGGCUGUCUGUGCCCCGGCUUGUCUUUGCACGACGUCAAACCGCGGACUCCUUACAAUACGUCGGUGUCAUGGAAUGGCUCAGAGGUCAUAGUUCACUGGUGCGCCCCUCUCUCACACGUCACAGCCUACGUCGUGACCGUCGGGAACCAGGAGAGGCGUCGCUUUGGGAGGGACCAAAGAAGCGGCGGCGUGGGCGACGUGGAGGACUCUGCAGAGGUGUGCGUGUUUGCGGUGAACGACAGCGGAGACAGCGACGGGUCGUGCAUGACGUACCAUCCCAGAAAGAGCAGUCUGCCUCUGACGGCGGGACUCAUCGGAGGAGCUCUGGGCUUCCUGCUGCUCCUCUUGUUGGUCGUGUUGCUGUGGAGGCACAAGAGGCAGCGCAAGCAGGAGGCCAGCAUCUCCACCAACGAGACGCUGUGAACGGACAACAGAGGCGUUUCAGGGUUAUUGCAGUGACUUAACUUCCACUUCCAAGUUUCAUCAUCUCACAUACAGGUUCUUUUCAGGCUUUGGCUUUGCAGUAAGUAGAGAGUUACUGUGUAUCUUAGGAAACUUCUUCUUAUAAGCUUUGUUUUUAAACGGGUGAAACUCAGACACGUUCAUUUCAUCCAGUAGAAAUGAAAGGGUUUAUACUGGAGGGAAAAAAAAAGCACUAAAUGAAUGAAUGAAUGAUAUAGAAUAUAUACUGUAGACGCAGUCCAAUCUUUUCAAUCAUUUACAGCUCUCUGUGAGAGCUCCUUAUUGUAUGUAUUUAAGUAAAGUGUGAGUGGCCGGACUGUGGUUUAAAGGAAUGAAUAUGUUGUGUUUGUGAUCAUCAUUUUCUUUAGACUUUAGAUUUAAAAGUCCAAAAACGACUGCACACGUUUGUUCAAGUGUCUAACGUGUACUUCUUUUGGAUGGGUGUGUUUUUCCAUCCGUCUUCUCGUCGGAAGUUGUGUCAGAACACGAGCGCUCGGUGCUGUUUUUCCAGCUGUCAUACAAUAGCCUUUCAGCGGAUAUGGAUUUUUAGGCUCUUCUUAUUCCACACAUCCAUCUCUGAGCUGGUGAGAAGCUUCAGGCUGUGCUUCUUUUUCUUUUUCUUUUUUAAAAUGUAUUCUAUGAUGAAAAGAGAAGAAAGUCCAAUGUUUAAAUCCUGCCAGUUUAUCUCAUGUUCAAGCCUUUAUCUGCAUGUCUCACAGUCCUGGUUUCAUUCCAGUCGUUUUCUCUCCGACUCCAGAAGUCAUCCAACACAUGUAACAUGGACACACAACACUGUGCUGAUUGGCCUGAAGGUGUAGCUUGUGUGGCUCAUAGUGUACACAGUGUGCGCAGUUGCCUUUAAACUGGAAUGGAAACGUUUUGCAUGGGUCACAGCGCACAAGCAUGCGAGGGCAGAUUUAUGCGCGCGGCCGCAGAUGGAACGUCCCAGAAACACAGAAACCACAAACAGUGACAGAGUCAGAACACAACAUGUGCUGAAAAGAUGAGAAACACACUGUUGUUGUUGUGCAGUGCUCACAAUCCAUGAUUUCCCAUUUUAAAUAAACUGUGUUUUUUUGUUAAAAAAAAAAAA